AUGCACGAUUCCGACUGCGCAGGUUCUACUUCACUUCUGCCUCGCUUCGAAUGCUCUAGUCGCUCACUGCUACUGCUAUGUGCGGCUGCAGAGUCUGGAGCGCUGCAGGCGCAAUUUGUAUGGCGAAUGUCUCAGAGACCAGAAGAGUCGGCUCUAUUCCCUCAUUCUCUUGCUCUUUUGCUCGGCGCGCGGCCAGCUCCUCAGUUCUUGGUGCUCGUGAGUAGGCGCCCAAAGCUGUCGUUGUGCUCCUUUCUGCCAGAUGGUGUGGGCUCGGCUCGCUGUAUGCGCAUGCGGCGUAAGACGUUCACUUUGCCAUUUCAACUGAUCCCGCCUGCCGACCGUCUCGGCCCGAUCAUUUCUCCGCUCGACGAUUUUUCUCCGCCGCUUCAACCUCACACCAGCGUCACCAUAGAAUCACGACCCGCCCAGCCCGCGGAGCACCGAUGGCUGCAGAACGAAGACAGCUCCGCAUAUCCAACUCCGACCUUGCCCCUGUCUACUAAUAUAUGUGCUCACGCCCAACUUGGAGACAGAAUGCCCUUCGAUUUAAACUAUGAUGAACACUCCCUCUCAUCAGCAUCGAUUCGCUCUUCGUCAACAAUCAGCCGAAUACCUCCGCCGACAAGCAUAGCAGACAUGGCCAUCGACGAGAUCGCCGAUCAUCUCACAUUAUCAGAAUAA